UACUGUGCAGGACGACGGUGAGGGGAGUGACGGGACCCCCUCUGAUGACCUGGAGUCUGCCGUUCCCACUGACAGCAACAAAGGAGCUGUAAAGUUUGGCUGGAUAAGGGGCGUCCUGGUGAGUUAUGUCGGGUCCCCUCAGCUUUAUAGAAGCAGGGUCACUCUACAUAAAGUGAGCUGGCAAGACAAGGCUCCAUGUGUGUUAAUAACACUGCGGGGCCAAGUGGGGUUUUCUAGACCAAGAGUCUGGGAGAAGAGCUGCUGGUUGAUCAUAUUUGCUGCUGUCAUGACGAUAAGAUAAAAAAAAAAAAAAACAUGUUACCGUGUUUCUAUCCCUCAGUUGACAUGUUAAUAAAUCAUGACCCUUUCACAUUUACAUUGUUCUUCUCUUUCACAGGUGAGAUGCAUGCUGAACAUCUGGGGUGUCAUGUUGUUCAUCCGUCUGUCCUGGGUCUUUGGUCAGGCAGGCUGGGGGCUGGGAAUUGUGGUCAUUGCUCUCAGCUGUGUGGUCACCACCAUCACGGGUCUCUCUAUGUCUGCCAUUUGUACUAAUGGAGUAGUCAGAGGAGGAGGAGCUUACUACUUGAUAUCUCGCAGUUUGGGGCCAGAGUUCGGUGGGUCGAUCGGUCUCAUUUUUGCCUUUGCCAAUGCAGUGGCUGUAGCCAUGUACGUGGUGGGGUUCGCUGAGACCGUGGUGGACUUGCUCAAGGAGAACGCCCUCCUCAUGGUGGAUGAAAUAAACGACAUCAGAAUCGUCGGGUGUAUUACAGUGGUGUUGCUGUUGGCCAUAUCAGUUGCUGGGAUGGAAUGGGAGGCCAAGGCACAGAUUGUUCUUCUCAUCAUCUUGCUGGUGGCCAUAGUGAAUGUAUUUGUUGGAACAUUCAUCCCUGCGACCGCUGAUAAGAAAUCCAAAGGCUUCUUCAAUUAUAAUGCAAAAAUCUUCUUGGAGAAUUUCACUCCAUCCUUUAGAGACAACGAGUCGUUCUUUUCGGUGUUUUCCAUCUUCUUCCCUGCUGCAACGGGGAUCCUGGCUGGAGCCAACAUCUCUGGAGACUUGCGGGAUCCCCAAAAAGCCAUUCCCAAAGGUACCUUGCUGGCCAUCUUGAUCACUGGUAUCACCUACUUGGGUGUGGCCCUGUGUGUCUCUGCCACUGUUAUCCGCGACGCCACGGGAAACAUAACAGACGCCAUUCCUAUUGGGUCGUUUUGUAAUGGUUCGUCAUCACUUGCUUGUGAGCUCGGCUAUAAUUUCUCUUCGUGCGAAGUAGAAAAAUGCAAAUUUGGCUCGAUGAACAACUUCCAGGUGAUGACCAUGGUGUCUGGGUUUGGUCCCCUCAUCAUCGCUGGAACAUUCUCAGCUACCCUUUCUUCAGCCCUGGCUUCACUUGUCAGUGCUCCCAAAGUCUUCCAGGCUCUGUGCAAAGACAACAUCUACAAGGCACUGUAUUUCUUUGCCAAGGGAUACGGCAAGAAUAACGAGCCAAUCCGUGGCUAUAUCCUCACCUUCAUCAUUUCUGUGGCCUUCAUUCUCAUUGGUAACCUCAACACCAUUGCUCCUAUCAUUUCCAACUUCUUCCUGGCAUCUUAUGCGCUCAUCAACUUCUCCUGCUUCCACGCGUCCUACGCCAAGUCUCCAGGUUGGAGACCAGCAUACAAGUACUACAACAUGUGGCUGUCCCUGUUUGGCGCAUUACUCUGCUGUAUUGUUAUGUUUGUUAUCAACUGGUGGGCUGCUCUCCUCACCUACGCCAUUGAAAUCCUCCUCUACAUUUACGUCACAGUCAAGAAGCCAGAUGUGAACUGGGGUUCGUCCACACAGGCGGUGACAUUUGUGAGUGCAGUUAGCAACGCGCUGUCUCUGACUGCUGUAGAGGAUCAUGUCAAGAACUUCAGGCCUCAGAUCUUAGCACUGACGGGUUCAGCACGGAGCAGACCAGCUCUCCUAGACCUGGCUCACUCCUUCUCUAAGAACUAUGGACUCUGUCUCACCUGUGAAGUCUUUGUGGGCCCGAGAUCGGAGGUUCUCCAAGACAUGAACUCCGGCAUGGAGAAGAACCAGCAAUGGCUUAAGAAGACUAAGCGCAAGGCAUUUUACGCUGCUGUGGCUUGUGAGGAGUUCAGGGACGGGACUGAGAGCCUGUUGCAGGCCUCUGGUCUCGGCCGUAUGAAGCCCAACACAUUAAUGAUGGGCUUCAAGAGAAACUGGAGGACAGCAGGCAGAGAGGCCGUGCAGACUUAUGUGGGAAUACUGCAUGAUGCGUUUGACUUUGAGUAUGGGACACUGAUUCUGAGGAUGAACCAGGGACUCGAUGUGUCGCACAUUGUCGAAGCAGAAGAGGACAUGCUAAAGGCAGCGAGGGAGCAACAGGAGCUGGACAAUGAAAUGAUGCCAAAUGGAGGGAAAUCAAGAGGAAUGUUUAGGAAGUCCAGGAAAUCCUCUACGCAAGUGCUCACGACCAGAGUGUCAGUGUGCGGCCCUCCACCCCCGCAGGUUGCCAAGAUGAAUGAGAAACUGUUGGAGGCCAGUGCUCAGUUCAAGACGAAACAGCCUAAAGGCACCAUUGAUGUGUGGUGGCUGUUUGAUGAUGGAGGUCUUACCCUGCUGCUCCCCUACAUCCUCACCACCAGGAAGAAGUGGAAAGACUGUAAAUUAAGGAUCUUCAUCGCCGGGCAGCCUGAACGCAGUGAGCUGGACAAACAGGAGAUGAAGCAUCUGUUGGAGAAAUUCAGAAUUAACUGCACUGACAUCAACGUCGUCGAUGACAUCCAUGUCAGACCCAGCUCUGACAGCUUGCAGGAGUUUGAGGACAUGAUUGAGCCUUUCCGUCUGCGUGAAGGGUCUAAAGACACUGCUGAGGCUGAGGCCAUUCAGAAAGAGCAGCCCUGGAAAAUCACUGACAAAGAACUGAACAACUUUGAGGAGAAGACCAACCUCCAGAUACGGCUGAACGAGGUGCUUCAGAAAAACUCCAAAUCAGCCAAUCUGAUCAUUGUGAGCAUGCCCAUCGCUCGAAAGGAAUCCAUCUCUGAUUUCCUCUACAUGGCCUGGCUGGACAUUCUGACAAAGGACCUUCCACCAACACUGCUCAUUAGAGGCAACCACAAGAGUGUGCUUACUUUCUACUCCUGAGCACCUUGCAGGCUGAACAGCAGAGUAUUAGGUAACCAAUUCCUAUUUGAACAUAAGAGUAGUAGAACAAUUAACUGUUUGACUUUCAAAAACAUAAUUACUAAGUAAUAAAUAGAAAAGUGUUCAGCUGGUGUACUUGACAAUGAACUCAGUUUCUAGUUACAGCUGGAGCCUUAUUUUACUAUUAAGCUGUUUUUAUUGCUUGGUCUGGUGUGAGCCGUUUCAUGAAGGUUUGUGGUAGGCUGUGCAAGCUACAGCAAGCUUGCCAACAAGCGAAUGUUUUCAGCGUGAUGCUACACUGUGAGGAAAGUUAAACGUCUAACUGUUCUGCCGAGGGACAAGACCAGUCUCAAUGAAGAGAAAGUAUUUCUGACACAGAGUUCAUAAAUGCCAGGGUCUAAAUGUGAAUUUAGGAACAGGGUCUAAGUCUAAGCUCUUUGGAUUUUUGGUUGGAGCAUAGCUAAAUCAUGUCUUCCUAACAUGGUCAGAUAAGUUGAGUACAAAGCUACUUCCAGUGGUUACACUGAGUGAAUGUGUUGCCUGUUGCUGUGAUUGUAAAAUAAAUGUAUAUGGUAGAUGUCUGAAUUCACUAGUGAAUAUUUUCUGAGCAAUAAUAAAAAAUAAAAAUAAAAACCUUUCAUAAAUGAUUAACAGCAUAAUAUUGGCAUCAUUACUAUCAGUUCUUUUAAACUGUGGUAAUAAUGGUUUAAUUUUUUUGUAAAAAAAUUCUUGAUAUUGACUGACUAUAAAAUAAACUGUUAUUAUUACGCUGUUUACCUGUUCCACAUUAUACUGUUUCAAUAUUUUUAAUGUUACUAUCACAGUACACUUUUUCUUUAAAGGAAAAUUUAGGGAAAGAAAAGAUUGUAAACCCAAUUCUUCUGUAUAUUUUAGCUUAUUGUCCU